AGGAAGAAAAAAACACAAAACCAGUUCACGCAGUGCUUUAGUAGCUAAAAGUAAAAGAGCUUGUGUUCUCCCCACCACCCCCCCACGCAGCGCUGAGCCCUGAAUCGCUCUGGAAAAUUGCUUCUUUUGAAUAGGGGGAAGGAGGAACAACGUUUAAUAGGAUCCAAAGGGAGUCUGUGCUCUUAAACAGGUGGAAAUUGGACGUCCUCGAAUUUAUACAAAUAAUUUGUCUCCCUGUCACCCAGUUAGGUGCUUGGGUGCCCGAUUAUGUCAAGAGACAGUGAUCUGCACUGAUGAGGGGCGGGCGCUGCCAAGGUCUGACAGAGAGCAGUCGGCUGGUUUCUCCACUCCCAUCUGAACAAUAAGAAGGGGAGUGAAAAGACGCGGGGCAGCUGGACUAUACACGGAGUUGCUCACACCAAGUUCUGUUCGGCUGCAAAGCGAAACUACUACAGCGGCAACAAAAUGGCAAGUUCAGCCUCUUUAGACACGGUGGUGUCCUGCGGGAGGACUGCGCCGUCCGCGGCUCCCAAAACGCUGGCUUUCUCCAUCGACUGGAUCAUGUCCAAGAGCUCGGAGCCGAAAGGGAACGCGGAGGAACGUUCAGAGGGGAAAAAACUGCUAGGGCUCUGCUCCCCAAUCCCCUGCAUGAUCCCGCUACAGCCCUUCAGCUACGACCUCCAAGCCAAGGCGCUGAUGAGCUAUUCGGAGCUGUGGAGAGCCAGUUUUAGGGGAACUUUGUGCGGCUCGCCAGCUGCUCCGUGCAAAGGAAACUGCGGGUUGUGCGGCAAAGGGGAUCCGAGCCUGAAGCAGCAGCUGCUGACGUCAGGGAGCAGGGUGGUAAAACCUCAGGUCCUGAACCAGGCCGUGCCCAGCAGUGGCUCGCUCUACUAUUUCAAUUACCUGGACUCUGCGUACCAGCAGUCGGAGCUGCUGGCCGGCCACUGGCUCUCCAGCCCGCAGGCCCAGGCCUCUCUGUCGGCGCACCACAGACUUUUGCUGCUGGAGAAUGCCAAACUGACCGGUGUGGGCACCGACAAGCUGCCCACACCUCAAUACCCACACAAGGAACAUCUGCCAGGGCAGCUGGACCAGAUAGUGAAAGAGAGCCACGGCCUGACAGCUGAGAAAAGCGGCAUAAAGACACACAGCAAACUCAGCGGCAGUGGCAGUGCGGACGGAAAACCCAAAAAUUUCACCUGCGAAGUGUGUGGAAAGGUUUUUAAUGCGCAUUACAAUCUUACCAGACACAUGCCGGUGCACACGGGGGCCCGGCCCUUCGUAUGUAAGGUGUGCGGUAAAGGAUUCCGGCAGGCCAGCACGCUGUGCAGACACAAGAUCAUCCACACGCAGGAAAAGCCUCACAAAUGCAACCAGUGUGGAAAAGCGUUCAACAGAAGUUCGACGCUCAACACUCACGUCCGGAUCCACGCAGGGUAUAAACCAUUUGUGUGCGAGUUCUGCGGGAAAGGCUUCCACCAGAAAGGAAACUACAAGAACCACAAGCUGACGCACAGCGGGGAGAAACAGUACAAGUGCUCCAUCUGCAAUAAGGCCUUCCACCAGAUCUACAACCUGACCUUCCACAUGCACACACACAACGACAAGAAGCCCUUCACCUGCGCCACUUGUGGCAAAGGCUUCUGCCGCAACUUCGACCUGAAGAAGCACAUCAGGAAGCUGCAUGACAAUGGCUUCUCGGCGGCUUCAGAAGCCUCCAGAGAGCUGCAGAGCUGAGCCAUUGCUCGUUUCCUGCUAUGACUUUUUAGUUUUUAAGGUCUGACAAGGAAGUGAGGGAGUUCAAAAAACUGGACCCGAAUCUUUGAAAAGAAAUGAGGUAAUCGGCUCCCGUCAGUGUCUCAGCAGGAAUGCUGCAGCGAACAAAAAACAGACAACAUCCGCCCAACACUGUCGCGAUGUUUUGGGUCCACAUAGAAUUUCUUUCUGCAUUUCCACAGACUGAAAGAGAAACCCCCUGUCUCCACGAUGGAACUGUAAAUAACGAUAAUAAUAAUCAUAAUAAUAAUAACGUGAAUCAUCUGGGGAAUGCAUCGCCAUGUUGUUUAUUUCAUUGAAAAACUGUUCCUGUGAAUAAAUAAGUUAAAUUAUAUUGAAACUGAAUGUCUGAGCCAUGUUUGCAUUUUGAAGGUAUUUGAAAAUAAAACAAUUAUAUGAUCAAAGUUUAUUCUGAAACACUUUGUAAGGUGCAAAUAUCACAUUUAGACAACACACACGUGCCCGCAAGAAAAAACCCGUAAAUGAAAACAGAGAA